AUGUCGCAAACCGUUGAACAGCUCAGCGGUUUCGAGAAGCAGUAUUCGCUUCAAACCGCCGAAAUCACAUCAAAAAUCGGAAGAGUUCACACUCUGCCGAGCUCUGAACGAGCCGGCGCCGUACAGGAAAUCCGAAAAAGUUUGGAAGAAGUCAACGAUUUGUUGGAUCAGAUGGAGUUGGUUGUCAGAGAGUUGGAGUCGAAUACCACGGAACGUACAAAAUACGAAUUGCGCGUUCGAAGCUAUCAAUCUGACAAAAAACAAUUGGAUUCGGAGCUAGAAAAAGCGAUUCGACGAGUGAGAGAAGAAGCCGAUCGAGAUGAAUUAUUGGCGUUUGAUGAUCAGUUGGACGCUGAUCGGCAGGAAGAUCAGCUGAUUGCCAAUACGCAAAGAUUGGAGCGAUCGACUCGACGGGUACAAGAUGCUCAUCGGAUUGCAGUGGAGACUGAGCAGAUCGGCACGGAGAUGCUGUCCAACCUGGCGAGUCAACGAGAAACAAUCGGCCGAUCGCGGGAUCGUCUUCGCCAAUCGAAUGCCGACUUGGGACGAGCCAACAAGACUUUGGGAUCGAUGAUUCGUCGUGCGAUUCAGAAUCGCUUAUUGCUCUUAAUUGUUUCGUUUUUGCUUGCUUUCAUGUUCUUGUACAUUGUUUAUAAGGCUAUUUGA